CUGAAAAGUGUCUGCCUUUACUCAAAUAAAUACUGAAGCUUAUGGAAUGUGAAAUUCCACUUGGUGGAAAUAUUAUGCACCGAAGCAUCGACUGUAAUCCAUAGCUGUAAUCCCUAUCCCUAUCCCUAUCCAUUUACUGUAAUCCCUAUCCCUGUCUUAACUUUGUGGAGUCUUACUAGUAACCUGUUUUAAUGAUGGACACCAGAGGUGAUCUUGCAGGCUAUUUGUGCCUUGUUUUUACGCCUUGGUUCGCACCUGUUAAAACCAAAUGCACCUGUUGAAUCCUUUGUAUUGCCCUCACUAUAUUUGAAGCACUAUCUGUCACACGACAUUUAACUGUAAAUGUCUCAUCAGACUCCAGAGAACAUUAUGGAUCCUAGGGUUAAAUAAAUCAAUCUAGAACUACAUUUAAUUUAAUUCUGCUUGUUAACAAGGCACCACAUACAGCAGCACUGAAUUAACAUGUAUCAAACUUUCAGGCUUUAAUGCUGUUAUCCACUCAAUGCUUUAUACACAGAGGCCAGAUGCAGGAAUGUAACCCAGAUGCUGUCAGUGACCCGUUUACCAAAUCUCAACAGGAGGACCUGAAACACAUAUUCCAGGUGUUAGAGGAGAAGAUCAUCACCUUUGUGAAGAAUGAGCUGAAGAGAUUCAAGAUGAUGCUGACUCCAGAUUACCAAGAACAUUUUGAGAGUAAAGAGGAGGAUGAGAGUGAAGCCAGAGAAGGGGCUCUGAAGAUGGCAAUGCACUUCCUUAGGAAUAUGAAGCUGAAAGAUCUCGCUGACAAACUGCAACAGAAAACAUACAAAUUAUUUUACCUAAUUGUUGGUGGCUUAAAAAACAUGAUUAUGUUGUUCUUUUCUUACAUAGGUGAGCUGUUUGUUCAGACUGAGCUGAAAAGAAAUCUCAAGAAGAAGUACCAGAGUGUGUUUGAAGGAAUACCCACGCAAGGAUGCUCUGCUCUGCUAGAAAAGAUCUACACAGAAGUCUACAUCACAGAGGGAGGAAUUGGAAAAGUAAAUGAAGAGCAUGAAGUCAGACAGAUUGAGUCAAGAUCCAAGAGACCAGCUGGACAGGAGACAUCAAUCAGAUGCAGUGACAUCUUUAAACUCUUACCUGGCGAAGACGAACCAAUCAGAAGUGUUGUCACAAAAGGAGUUGCAGGCAUUGGUAAAACUGUCUCAGUUCAGAAGUUCAUCCUGGACUGGGCAGAGGGAAAAGAAAACAAAGAUAUUCACUUCAUAUUUCCACUGCUUUUCAGGGAGCUCAACCUCAUGAGAGAAAAACAGCUCUCUUUGAUGGAUCUCCUCCACCACUUUUUCACAGAAAUAAAGCAGUUAACUUUUCCCAGCCAAGGGAAGUACAAAGUGUUGUUCAUCUUUGAUGGUCUGGAUGAAUGUCGACUCCAACUAGACUUUCAGAAAAAUGAAAGUUUGACUGAUGUGACAGAGGUCACCUCAUUGGACGUACUCCUGACAAAUGUCAUCAAGGGUAAUCUGCUCCCCUCUGCUUUACUUUGGAUUACCUCUCGACCAGCAGCAGCCAAUCAAAUCCCGCCUGAGUGUGUUGACAGGGUCACAGAGGUACAAGGGUUCAAUGACCCACAGAAGGAGGAGUACUUCAGGAAGAGGAUCAGUGAUCAGAAUCUUGCCAGCGAAGUCAUCUCUCACAUCAAAUUAUCAAGGAGCCUCCACAUUAUGUGCCACAUACCAGUGUUCUGCUGGAUUGCUGCUACUGUUCUUGGGGUAAUUCUUGGCUCUUCAGGAGUUGGACAGAUUCCAAAGACUUUGACAGAGAUGUAUACCUAUUUCCUUAUUUUCCAAACCAAACAGAGGAGCCUAAAGUUUGAAAAUGUGCAUGACCUUGAACCACAGUGGAACCAGGAAGUUAUCCUUGGUCUUGGAAAGUUGGCAUAUGAACAGUUAGAGAAGGGUAAUCUGAUUUUUUAUGAAGAAGACCUAAAAGAGUGUGGCAUUGAUGUCAGAGAGGCAGCAGUAUGCUCUGGCAUCUGCUCCCAGAUAUUUCGAGAAGAAUCAGGGCUUUAUCAAGGAAAGGUGUUCUGCUUCGUGCAUUUAAGUGUCCAGGAGUAUCUUGCAGCUUUGUAUGUGUUUUUGAUGAUGGCAGUUGAAGGGAAAGACAUAAUAUCCAGACACCAAACUCCUGGAACAUCCAUUCAGCACUGGAAACAGACAGUAAGUCGCUGGUCUCCUGUAAUAAAGAAAUCCAUGACCAUCUUACACAAGAAUGCUGUGGACAAAGCU